CGUUUUACUUUUAAACUAUUGUGAAAUGAAAACGUAUUUAAAAAAAAAUGCAUACAUUAAAUUAAAACACCCUUGUAAUAGCAAUCCAAACUUCGGUGUAACCAUUAACCUUCAUAAACCCACUCCAAGUUAAUUAGCUUGUCUGUGUUACGUUGAAAUUCACAUAAUUUCAAAAUAUUUUAUAAAUGUCUCCGUAGGUUGCCUCAGUCGGGAAGUGGUUGCAAAGCAAAUGUUUAACCAUGAACACAUGAGCUUUCAGAAGUAAAGCAUCCUCAUAGCAUGAUGCUAACACCAUCAUGCUUCAUGGCAAAUUUGUAAAGAAUGACUGUACAGCUGAUCUUGAAACUGACUGUAGAGACUGCCCAGAGAAUUCCUUCUCUGACUCCAUUGACCGCCUGAAGGAGUGUUCACCAUGCCACGAAUGUCAACAGGUCUUUACAAGUAAAUGCAAUCAAACCGCAAACGCAAAAUGUUCAUGUCACCCUGGUUUCCUCUGCUCAAACCUUGACUGCACCAAAUGUGAACAAAAGAAAUGCAGCAAGGGGGAGGAAGUGAAACGGACAGGUUCCAUAGAAUACACUUAUAAAUGUGUUGUCUGUCCGAACAACACAUACUCUGAUACGGAAGAAGGUCCCUGCAAACCACUGACAAGGUGUGAAGCAAGUGGCUAUGUCCCAAUCUUCCCUGGGAACAAGACACACAACGCCCAAUGUGGCCUGCAUGACAAAAAAGAAAAGCUGGAUGCCAUUAAGCUGAUUAUGGCCAUUGGCUUCUUCUUCUUCGGUUUCUCCCUACUGAUGUUUCUUACUUGUGCCUGUUUCUGGAUAAGCAAGCAAAAGCCAAAAGCUAGAGCUACAAACAGCCCUACUAUAAGUGUUUCUGUUGCCCCUCAAGAUGUAUGUGGCUGCCCACUUUCAAAGGAGGAGAGUGUGGGCCAGCACAUCCAGCCAACUGAAAGUGAUAACUACAGCAACCAGAGUCUGCUGUCGACAGAGAGCAACUGUUUUGUGUGAUAUCUAACGGGGAAGCAAUUCAUUCAGCGGUAGCAUGGUGUCAGUCAACCAGAUAUCAUUUCAUUGUCUUUUGAUAUGUUUAUCAUUUUCUAUCAUUCAUCUUUCAGUUGCUACAUCUACUGUAUGUUUUCAUGGAAACUAAGGACAUUUCUAAGUGACCCCAAACUUUUGAACAGUUUUACAGUAUAUGUAAUGUAAUGUAAUGCAUUAACGGUUUCGCUCAGCUAUGAAGAAAUAUGUAAAUAAAGCAUUAUAGCCUAUGAAACAUUACCCUUUAGAAGGGCAUAU